GCUCCGUCCUCUUCUCUGAUUGGAUAAACGCGACCAGCGAGUGACUUUUAGCCUUGUUUACUGUUAGCCUGCGAUAUUAAAUUCAUUCUGGUUUGACAGCAGGUAGAGGAGACGCUACAGAAAUAUUUAGGGAAAGCUUUUUUAAAUGUUUUCGAAUGGCUGAAGCCUCGGGGACAGAAAAUCCUGAUUAUGUACCAGGGAGGACCAGCCAGUCAGCGUCCAGAAGAGAUCAUCCACGGCCAGGCCACAAUCGAAAACGGGGAGGUCACGAUAGAGCACAUGCAAGGUCAGGACACUCAAAUCUAGCCAGUCAUCCAGAGGAGCAAAAUGAAUUCUAUGACAACGCAGCUACACACACAUCACACAACAGCUCAUCUAGCAGAUGUGAGAUAAGGGGAGGAAGAGGAAGAGGAAGAGGAGGGAGAGGAAGUAGGGGUAAUACCGAGCAUUGGUCCCAAGGUUCAAGAUGGUCAAGGUCUGAAAGUGAUAAUGGCCCCUCAGUGCAGGAUGACGUGUCGAAUGUUUGCCAGCAAUCCAACACCGCACCUGCCUACAGAUUCAUAGAUGUGGAGAAUCAACAAAAAGGUGCCUACGUGGGCGAGCUCCAACAUGAACCCAGAGAAACCUGGCCAAGAAUGUCCAGAAGAGGCAAAGAUUCAAGAAAGCCAUUAACCAGACACAAAGAAGCAAAUCAGGACAAUCGUGCAGCAGAUGUAGAUUAUACAGCCAGUGUAGCGCCCACUGAAGUAGAGCACGAGCACAGGAACAACAGAGGAUGGAGAGGAGGAGGAAGGCAGGGUUACCCUAGGAAGAAAGGGCCUGCCUUACAUGCUAGCAGCCAAGGGAACUGGAGAGAGAGAGAGCCACCACACAUAGACAAAGAGGAGGAGAAACUGAGAGAACACAAGGCCAGAGGAAGCAAAGAGGAGCCUAACUGGAGAGGUGCAAGUGGAAAAGACCAGUGGCGGAGACCCCAAAUUCAAGAGCAAGGACAAAGGAGAGGAGGACGUCCUGAGAGGAGGACUGGGCCAGUGAAACGUGUCGAGCCGCCCAAGAACAAAGAGACCCAGACAGGCUGCCUCAUUGAGCAGCUGACAGAAGAGAAGUAUGAGUGCAUGGUGUGUUGUGAUGUGAUCCGUGUCAUGGCGCCUGUUUGGAGCUGUCAGAGCUGCUUCCAUGUCUUCCACCUGAAUUGCAUCAAGAAGUGGGCUCGCUCCCCUGCCUCACAGGCUGAUGAGACUGGCGAAGGCUGGCGUUGUCCUGCUUGCCAAAAUGUGGCAUUAAAGUUCCCAACAUCUUACAUCUGUUUCUGUGGGAAGGUGACCAAUCCGGAGUAUCAGCACAGUGAGAUUCCACACAGCUGUGGUGAAAUGUGUGGGAAGAAGAGGACUGGAGGAGACUGCAAUCACCGCUGCAACAUUUUAUGUCACCCAGGUCCUUGUCCACAGUGUCCAGCAUUUACCACCAAAUCCUGUGUUUGUGGAAGAACGAGUAAGCAGGUGCGCUGCAGUCAGACAGGGGCUCUGCGUUGUGACCAGGAGUGUGGAGCUCAGUUAAACUGCAAAGAGCACUACUGUACACAGAUUUGCCACCAGGGCCCAUGUCAGCCCUGCCAUCUCCGUGUCCAGCAAAUGUGUUACUGCGGGGUGGUGCACCGGGAGGUGGCAUGUGGGACUGACUGGGACAGCCUUGACGGAUCCGGAUAUUUCUCCUGCCACAAGCCAUGUGGAAAGAUGCUGGAAUGCCGAGCCCACCGCUGCCAGCAGGUGUGCCACCCAGGCCGGUGCCAGCCAUGCCCUCGCUCGCCCAUUCUGGUGUGUAGCUGCCCCUGUGGACAGACAGCCUUAUCCAAGCUGCUGGAGCUGGGCUAUCCAGAGAGACGGCGUUGCACUGACCCUAUUCCAUCCUGUGGAAAGAUCUGCAGCAAGCCACUGCCUUGCGGUGAUGUUGACACUAUUCAUCUGUGUGAUAAACUUUGCCAUGAGGACAAAUGUGGCCCAUGCUCUCUCACCUCCACCAUUAAGUGCAGAUGUGGCAGUAAAACCAAGGAGGUUCCAUGUGCUAUGAUCCACAGUGAAGAUGAAUUGGUGUUUACUUGCGAGAGACGUUGCAACAAGAAGCGCUCAUGUGGCAGGCACAAGUGUGGAGAGAUGUGCUGUGUGGACACUGAGCAUAAAUGCACAAUUAUCUGUGGCUACAAGCUGAACUGUGGUCUUCACCGGUGUCAGGAGGUGUGUCACCGUGGAAACUGCCAACCCUGCUGGCAAACCAGUUUUGAUGAGCUGGCCUGCUACUGUGGUGAAACUGUCAUGUUCCCACCGAUCCCCUGUGGCACCAAACCACCCGAGUGCAAAAACCCCUGCACACGCCAGCAUGACUGUGAUCACCCAGUUUUGCACUCCUGCCAUAGUGAGGAGAGAUGUCCGCCCUGUACCUACCUCACUAAGAAGUGGUGCAUGGGCAACCAUGAGCAAAGAAGUAAUAUCCCAUGCCACCUGCAGGAUAUCUCGUGCGGUUUGGUCUGUAAUAAAACGUUGUCCUGUGCCUUUCACCGCUGCAAAAGAAUAUGCCAUCGUGGGGAGUGCCAAGCUGAAGGUGACUGUAAGCAGCCUUGCCCUCACCCCAGACCUGAGUGUGGGCACCCCUGUAAUGCCCCAUGCCACCCUGGUACCCCCUGCCCACACACCACCUGCACUGCCAAGGUGGCGAUGCAGUGCGAUUGUGGACGCAGGAAGGAGACUGUACCCUGUACAGAGGCAGCCAGCUCCUCCCAGAGAUAUGCAGCUAUUGCUAUGGCAAGUAAAUUGUCGGAUAUGCAGUUAGGAGAGUCCGUCAACAUUGCUCAGCUCACCAAGAAGGACCAGAAACAGGCCAGGCUGGAAUGUGAUCAAGAGUGUGCUACACUGGAGAGAAAUCGGCGACUUGCGGAGGCACUGCAGGUUGAUCCGACAGUUGAUCCAUUCAACACCAAAUCCUCCACAUGUAAAUACAGCGACUCUCUCAAAGAGGAUGCCAGAAAAGACUUCAAGUUUGUCAGUGAGGUGGAGGAGGAAAUCAAGAAUCUGGUUGAACUAGCAAACAAGGGUAAACAGCCAAAGAGGAGUCACUGUUUCCCACCCAUGAAGCGCGAUCAGCGGAGAAUUGUUCACGAGCUGGCAGAGGUGUACGGCUUAGAGAGCAUCAGCUACGAUAGUGAACCCAAACGCAACAUUGUCAUCACAGCCAUCAGGGGGAAAUCUGCAUGCCCUACGUCCACUCUGACUGCGCUGAUCGAGAGAGAAACUGCUGCCCGGGCCCCACCACCCAUUGCCCAUAUCAAACAAUACAGCAGCAAAAAUGUGAAAACAUGGAUUCAUUAGCUGAUAUUAAGCCAGGUAUUAAUCACAGCGUAAAAAAAAAAAAACAAAACUGUUAUUCUUGAUAUAUUCCGGAAAAGUCUUUUUCUGGCAUGUUUUUCACUAAAGUAUUGAGACAUGUCUACAGCAGUAGUGUCGUGAUGUGUCGAGUGUCGAGACUUACAAAAACAAUUCAUAUUUAAAAAAAAAAAAAAAAGGUUGAAUAGACCUUUGAAUGUGCAGGCUCUUUUUUUUUUUAAUAGAAUACCCUGAAUAUUAAAAUUUUGGCUUUAUUUUCUUUGCACUAAUAAAUACAAUGGAUAAAAGUAGGUUUUUAUGAUGUUAAAAAUGAAACCAAGACAAAUCACAACAGAUCUUUUUCCACCUUUGAUGUGAUAUAACAACCUACAAAAUUCAAGUAAAAAACAAAUAGAAACGUUUUAGGUUUGAAAAAGGAAAAAACGUCAAUAACCUGGUUGCAUAAGUGUGCACACCCUUUAACUAAUACUUUGAUGUAUUACAAAGCAAAAGGUGCUUUAACUCUCAGUCGUGGGUAAGAGUCUACCAGCUUAGCACAUCUUGCCAAUUUUAUUCCACUCUUCCUUGCAGAAAUGCUCCAGAUUUAUCAAAUUGCAAGGGGCUCUCCUGUGAACAACCCUCUACACUCAUUCCACAGGUUUUCAGUAGGAUUUAGAUCUGGGGUCUGAUUGGGCCAGUUCCAAAACACUGAUCUUCUGAAGCCAGUCCUACAGCUGAUCUUUAUUUCAUUUCAUUGAUGUCAGGUGUCUGAUAAUUACAUUUGAAGAUGAGUUUGAAUGUGAUUGGGCAUUUCUGAGCACAGUCACAUGCCCCAAUAUAACAGGGUGGGCACACUUAUACAACCAGAUUAUAAGUUUUUCCUGUUUUUUUUUUUUUUUUGCCUAAAAUGUUUCUAUUUGUUUUUCAUUUCAAUUUUAAUGACAUUAAAGGUGGGAAAGGAUCUGACAUGAUUUGUCUUGGUUUAAAUUUUUUUGCAUCACAGACACCUGCAAUUUUAA